AUGCCAUCGAAUCGUAUAAAUAUCACUACGGAAUCAAUCUUAGUACGAAAUAACAACAAUAAAGAAACGUGGAAGGAACUUGUCGAAAAAAAAAUUAAAGAAAAGGAAGGAAUCUUAGCACAAGUAACAUGCCAUGUCUUUUCGGAAUCUAGUGGUACAAAAUAUGAUAAAAACAAGAAAUGUGCUUGUGGUCGAUUAGCACGUCAACAUAGUUUUACUGGUUUAUCAAAAAGUGACUACGCCGAUGAGACUAAUUUUAAUGAAGACAAAUUUAUUACAGAACUAUUACCAUUAUCCGUUUAUGGUCAACUUGGUCAAUUUAGUGAUGGCGCUCGAUUUAUUCGAUGUUAUGCAGAUGAUCCAAUUGUACAUGAUCCUCUAACUGAUUUAAUUAUAGAAGAUGUUCGUAUAAAACCUACUUUACUUGUUAGUUGUUUUGGUGGAGCAAAGUAUUUUAAUAUGACUAAUGAAUUAGAAAAUGAAUUUAAAAAUGGAAUUUCACAAAUAGCAACAACUCCAGGUGUUUGGUUAUUAACAACUGGUUUAAAUCAUGGUGUAUCAAAAUUUAUUGGAAAUAUUGUACAUCAAUCAAUGUUAUUAAAUAAGAGAUCAGUAAAAGCAACUCUUAUUGGUAUAACCAGUUGGGGAAUAUUAAGUGAAAAUACACGAAAUGUUUUGAAAAAGAAAUUAACAUCAAAUUUAAAUUGGAAUGAAAACGAAACACUUGAUAAAUAUCAUACACAUUUUCUUUUAUUAGAUGAUGGACGUAUGAAUAUUCAUCUUGGUGAUCAACCUCGUUCUCAGUUUGUUGAUGCUUUAACAAAAAAAGUUGAAUGUCAUGCAAUAACAAUUAUUAUUGAAGGUGGUUUAAAUACAUUAGAAGUUAUUUUACAUGAUAUGAAUAAGAAACGACCUGUUGUUAUUGUACAAGGUAGUGGACGUUUAUCUGAUCUAAUUGGAAAAUUAUUAGAUAUUUCAAAUAAAAAAAAGAUAACUCAAGAAUUUGAUAUCGAAAAUGAAAUAAUAUUAUUUUUUCCUAAAUUUAAAACUGAAAAUGAUGAAGAAAAACAAAAAACGAUUGUAUCAAGUUUAAACGAAGUCUUAGAUAUGAAAUAUCGUCAAUAUUUAAAUAUAUUUAAACUUGAACGUGAUAAAAGUCUGACAGAAACAAUCUUUAAAGCUGUUGACAAAGCUCAAAUUGAUUCAAACCAACAACCAAAUUUUUUAAAACUAGCGAUUAGUUGGAAUUAUAAAGAUAGAGCAAAAACAAUGUCGAAUCGUUCACAAGAUAAUACAGAUCGUUAUCCAGAAUUCUUUUAUCAAUCACUUAUAGAAAAUCGUCCAGUAUUUGUUGAUUAUUUUCUACGGCGAUAUCAUAAUCCUCUUAAAAUAUUUAUUUCUAAGGAGAAUAAAGGUUCGAACAAUAAAAACAAUGAAUUAAUUGUUUCAUUAAGAAAACCAUGUGAAAAAUGUGGAUCUGGCGAAAGUUUAUGUUUGUUACAUGCAUUCGGUUUUAUUAGUAAACUUUACCAGAAAACUGAAUUCGUAUUUGAUAAUUGGCCAAUUCCAAAAACAAUUGAAGAACUUGAUAAAAAUUAUCGAAAACUAAUUGGACCAUUUAUAAAAUCAUUCUAUUUCGAUUAUAAUACAAUUGAUCGAUUUUUGUUAUAUACUCGAUUUAAAAAGAAAUCUUAUUCAGAUGCUGAUUAUCUUAAUAAACAAAUAAAUAAACAAGAAAUGUUACGUGAAAUAUUUUUAUGGAGUGUUUAUUCAGGAUAUUCUGAUAUUGCCUUUGUUCUUCUUUCACAAAUGCAAUCACGAAUAAUGGCAUCAUUAAUUGCAGUACGUAUUGCACAAAGAAUCUCAUCAGAUACUCAUCAAUUAGAUUUACAUCAUAAAUUUCAUCAACAAUCAAAAGAUUAUGAAGAAUAUGCAAAUAUGUGUAUUAAGAGUUGUUUUGAAUAUGAUGAACGAUUAACAUGUCAAAUUCUUGUACGAGAAAAUCCUUUAUUUGGACAUGUCAAUUGUAUGCAAGUAGCUAUUGCAUGUCAAAGUAUACCAAUUGUUAAUACACAUGGUUUUAUUGAAGUCGUUAAUGAAGAAUGGUUUGGACAUGUUAUUAUAAAUACAACUGAUUCAUUUGGAACUAAAUUACUGUUUUUAUUUAAUUUGAUAACAUUUGGAUUCAUUUUAUCAUCAUCAUAUUUCAUUAAAUAUCGUCAAAUGGAUAAUUAUGAUCAAAUACUUGAUGAAGAUAGAAUAAAUUGUGUUAAUCAACAUAAUUCUAGAUGGAAAGGAAUUGAAGAUCAAAAAAUAAAAAAUCCAUCGUAUUGGAGAAAAUUAUAUCAUUUUCAUUCAGCACCUAUGGUUAAAAUGGGUUAUCAUUUUAUAAUUUAUGUUUGGUUUUUAUUGGUUUUUAGUUAUAUGAUGUUAUUUGAUAUAAAAUAUAAUGAAGGUUCAUUUCAUUGGACAAAAAUCUAUUUAAUUGUUACUGUUUCAACAAUGCUUAUUGAAGAUUUUCGUCAAAUUAUCGUUAAUUAUCAUACACAAAUGAUGGAAACAUGGAAUUGGUCCGAUGCAUGGUUAGUACCUUCAUUUGCAACACCAUACAUUUUAUUUUAUAUUGGUAUUAUAUGUUAUUAUCAAUCAACGGAUAAUCUUGAAUUAUUUACAACUGCAAGAAUUAUUUUAGCUAUUGAUCUGGAAGUUUGGUUUCUUUUUUCAUUACGUUUUGUUAGUGCGAUUAAAUUAUUAGGUCCAAAAUUAAUAAUGAUUAGAAAUAUGUUAAAAGAUUUAAUAGCAUUUAUUUAUAUAAUAUUUGUUUGUAUUGCUGCAUAUGGUGUUGUAUCACGUGCAUUAGUUAUGUAUAAUUAUAUUGAUUUUACGGCAAAAAGUGUUUUUACAGCUGUCUUUUAUCAACCUUAUUGGCUUUUAUAUUCUGUUGCUGAUAAUGAAACAGGAUAUCUUGAUAAUAUUAUUUCUAAUGGCACAGCAUCAGAAGUAGCAGAAGCAACUGUUAAUCAUAUUCUCUUAACUUUUCAUAUGCUUUUUAUUAAUAUUUUAAUUCUUAAUUUACUUAUCGCUGUUUUUAAUUUUUCAAUUAAUGAUGUUCAAGAAAAAAAUGAAUUUUUUUGGCGUUUUCAACGAUAUGAAUUAACACGUGAAUAUUUUGAAAAACCAAUAUUUGCUUAUCCACCUCUUUCCAUUAUUGCUUAUAUUAUAUGGUUAAUUCAAGUCAUUUUCUGUAAAGGAACAACUUUUCGUGUAUUUAAACGUCUUUGCAAUCAAUCUGAAAUGGAUAUUUAUUGGAGUGAAUUUGAAAGUGCUGCUACUGAUAAAUAUGCACGUCAAUUUAUUGAAGAAAAUUAUCGACCAAAAGAUGAUAUUACAAUCUCAACAUUACAAACACAAAUUAAUAUAUUACAAGAUGAAAAUGAACAAAUGAGAAACGAGACAAAUGAAAUUAAAAAUCGAACUACAAUUGGUAUGAAAUGGAUGAUUUCAGCUAUGAAACGUGUUAAAAUGUCUCGUGUUGACCCACCACCAGAAUUCAAAGAUUGA